UAGAUAUACUAAAUUAGAUUACUAGUAAAUAUGGCAGCUAAUAUUUGGAUUUAACUCAGCAAAGACAUUUACACUUGCGGUGAACCAAUUUAGGGAACAGUAAAUAUAAUCUGUACAAAUGCAGUUUAUGGAUAAUAGCUUGUUUUCAAAAUCAAAGGAAAAGAAUAAACUAAAUGGGUUGAUUUAGUUCAAGUUUUUGAGAAUCCUCAAUAACCUUUAAACAUACCUGAGAGUGACAUAGAAAGGGUAAAUGAUGUAAAUUUGUCUGAUGAUAGUAGCGACUCUGACGAUGACGAAGGUAUUGCUUAAAGAGCCAUGAAUGUUGCUAAAGGCAUAUUUCAUAAUAAAAGAAAAUAUCCCUACAUCAGAAAAAAUAAUAAUUAACUUUUCUCUGUAAAUAGAGGGAAAGGAUACUGCAAGAUCACAAACCAAGUUUAAAAUCUUGGAUAACUGCAAAUUGGUUAAUACUAAUUCCCAUUCUAAUUCAAUUCUUAGAAGAACUGGCCUGGAUCUUUUUUGAAUGAACUUAGCAAAGAAAGAGGUAGAAUAAAAUACACAUUGGUAGCAUAGUAUGGCAAUUCGAAGACAAAAACAGAAUUCUUUUUAUAAGAAUUUAAAACUUCAGAGUCGGAUAACCAUAGUGUAAAUGCAAAAAUAUCAUCAUGGUGCUGUGUUGGUUAGGGAAAUGUAAAGAUGGAUGUUUCAUUUGCCAAAGACUCUUUAUUUAUAGGAGAAUAGUAGACUGUUAAAAUAAAUCUUGAUUGUUCAAAUCUGAGUGUCAACAUAAACACUUUGAAUGUAGUUUUAAAUAACCACUUAAUAUAUAGGUCAGAUGAUGGAAAAACUAUUUCAAGAACUCAUCCAGUUUACAGUACUUAGCUCUAGGGAUGUAUAGCAAAAGGAGUAAAAGAAUUUACUGAGAAUUUUAUUGUAUAAUUCAAUGAAAGCAAAUAUUCUAUUCGUCCUACAUGUCAUGGAACUAAAAUUACUUCUACCUAUGUGCUAUCGGUAGAAGCUGUCAACGAUGCUACCUGCUCAUGUUGUAGUGAUAACGCUAGUGUAGCAAACGAUACACAUAUCUACUCGAAGCCACUAGUACCUGCUUCAUAAUUAGUUGUUGCUUAACCUAACUUUGUCCCAAUAAUCUAACCUGUAAUAAAUGUUGCAGUUUAAAAUUUUGUUGCUCAAACAGUAAUCCCUGUUAAUAACUAAAUGCCACCACCUGCGAUGAAUAAUCCAAACUAGUUUCAAUAACCUUAAUCUCAAAAUCAGCCCUUGAUGUAACCAAGUAAAUAAUUACUUAUUUUUAUUAUUUUAUUAAAAGUAUUAAAAAUAUUAAUAGCAAUAACACCUCAAUAGAACUAACCACCUUAAUAUCCCCCAUAAAAUCAAUAACCUUAAUAUCCUCCCUAAAAUCAAUAACCUUAAUAUCCUCCCUAAAAUCAAUAACCUUAAUAUCCUCCCUAAAAUCAAUAACCUUAAUAUCCUCCUUAAGGUUAAUAACCUUAAUAUCCUCCUUAAGGUUAAUAACCUUAAUAUCCUCCUUAAAGUUAAUAACCUUAAUAUCCUCCUUAAAAUUAAUAACCUUAAUAUCCUCCUUAAAACUAAAAUGGAAAUUAAAUGCCCUAAUAACAACCUCAAUAUCCUCCUCCUAAUCAAGGAUCUGCUUAAUUACAGCCAAACUAAAUUUAAAUACAAAAUUAAUAAUAGUAAUUAUAAGGUUAAUAGUAAUAACAAUAAUAUGGAAUAUAAUAGGGGUAACCAGGGUAGAAUCCUCAAUAACCAUAAUAGCCAGGAUUAGGAUAUUAAUAGCCUAAUUAAUAAGCAUAAUAUCCUCCCCAAUAAUAUCCUCCCUAAAAUGGUAUGGUACAAUAACAACAACAAUAAGGUUAUUAUCCAUAAUAGCCUGGUGCAUUUGUUAGUCAUAAUUGA